AUAUUUAUCACAUUUUAAGUACUUAGAUCUGACUAUGAAUAACAAGUAAUAAAUCAAUUGCUGAGUGAUCUUUCACAAUGAACAAUAUGGUAGAGGAGAGAUUCGAGACCAACUAUGAACAGCACGAGACCAUCGGAAAAGGUCCAUUCAGUUUUGUCAGACGUUGCACUCAUCGAAGAUCAAAACUCCAGUACGCUGUUAAAAUCGUUGACGUGGCAAAGUUCACUGGAAGUCCUGGACUUACUGCCCACGAUUUGAAGAGAGAAGCGACAAUAUGUCACAUGCUGAAACAUCCUAAUGUUGUUGAACUCUAUGAAGUUUACAGCGAGGAAGGAUUGCUGUACAUGGUCUUUGAAUACAUGGACGGCGCUGAUCUUUGCUUCGAAAUCGUGAAACGAGCGAACAUGGGAUUCGUCUACAGCGAAGCCGUUACAAGUCACUAUAUGAGCCAAAUUCUAGACGCUCUUCGCUACUGUCAUGAAAACAACGUUGUCCAUAGAGACAUAAAGCCUCACUGUGUGCUUCUCGCUACGAAAGAAAAUUCAGCUCCAGUCAAACUUGGAGGUUUCGGACUUUCAAUUCAAGUUGAUGAUGAUGGGUUUGUUACAGGAAGUGUUGGGACACCUCAUUUCAUGGCUCCUGAGGUUGUCAAAGGAGAACCGUACGGUAAACCAGUAGAUAUAUGGAGUUGCGGUGUCAUGCUCUUCAUAUUAGUCAGUGGAAGUUUGCCGUUCUAUGGAACUCGGGAAAGACUUUACGACAGCAUAAAGAAAGGCAAAUUUCAUAUGAAUCCAAAACAGUGGGACGCGAUCAGCGAACCGUGUAAAGAUUUAGUUCGACGUAUGUUGACCCUUAACCCCAACGAACGAAUCACAGUUUUCGAAUGUUUAAAUCAUCCCUGGAUUCGAGAACGGGAUCGGUACGCUCCGAGGAAACAUCUCGCGGACUCGAUUGAACAAUUAAAGAAAUUUAACGCAAGGAGAAAACUGAAGGGUGCUGUCUUAGCUGCUGUGUCAAGUAUGAAGUGUACGUCAUUUUAUAGUGAUCCGCCACUAGAGGGAGACAAUGCACAGCUUUUUGAAGAGCAAGACCCAACGUCAUCAGGUGCUGUUGCCAACGUACUCGAUAGUCUCGAAGAAAUCCAUGCAUUAUCAGACGGAGCCGACAAUGAUUUAGAAUUUCUACAGAGCCUGCUGGAUGAUAAAGCUCUUCAUAGCAUGCUGGAGCUGUAUGACAGAAUCAACACCAGAUCCAAAGACUUAGAGCCGUCAUCGAGCGUAAUUCAACUAUUAAAGGACGCACUGUCAGGGAUGCCAGAACAUGACCAAGCGACAAUGGAAUUCAGGAACGUGAUACUGCAGCCCCAUAUGAUGGGUCUCCUCCAGGCCCAUGAUGUAGUUUCUCAUGAGGUAUACAGUUCCCCUGCACUUAUGGGUGAACAUGAACCCCAGAACGGAUUCCAAAAUGGGCCCACGGAUCCCGAAGAAAUUGAUGGACAAGAUGAUGCUUCUGUGACCAGAGUAAGACUUGUUCAAUUCAUGAGGAAAACUGGAGAACCAUUGGGUAUAACACUGAAAAUUAAUGAAGAGGGUCAUUGCAUGGUUGCCAGAAUAUUACAUGGUGGAAUGAUACACAGACAAGGUACCCUCCAUGUUGGAGAUGAAAUUCGUGAAAUAAACAGUGUGAAUGUGGCAAACCAGACGAUUGAUUCUCUACAGAAAAUGCUGAAAGAACUUCGCGGCAACAUAACUUUCAAAAUUGUCCCGAGUUAUCGAAACCAGCCACCAUCCUGUGAGCUUCUGUUAAAGUACACGCUGCCUAAUGGACAUGCUGGAGACGUUUAUAAGCAGAUCUACGUUCGAGCCCAGUUUGACUACGACCCAAUGAAUGACGAGCUGAUUCCUUGUCGAGAAGCUGGCAUCUCAUUCAGAACCGGAGAUAUAUUACAGAUAAUCAGCAAAGAUGAUCACAACUGGUGGCAAGCCCGUGUCAUAAACAUUCCAGAUUCAGCGGCUGGAUUAAUUCCAUCCCCAGAGCUUCAAGAAUGGAGGGUGGCGUGUAUGGCUAUGGAACGAGCGAAAGCGGAACACCAAGGAAGCUCAUGGUUUGGGAAAAAGAAAAAACAACAGAAGGAUAAAUAUCUGGCGAAGCAUAAUGCUGUUUUUGAUCAACUGGACUUGAUGACUUACGAAGAAGUUGUUAAAAUACCUUCAUUUGCCAGGAAAACUCUUGUUCUUCUAGGCGCUCAUGGAGUUGGGAGACGCCACAUUAAAAAUACGUUGAUAACGACGCAACCUAGUAGAUUCAGCUAUCCUAUCCCUCAUACAACUCGGCCACAGAGGGCGGAAGAGAUCCAAGGAAAGAAUUAUUAUUUUGUCACCCAAGAAGAGAUGAUGGAAGACAUCAAGAAUAAUCAUUAUUUGGAGUAUGGAACGCACGAGAGCGCCCUCUAUGGGACAAAACUCGAUACAAUUCGCAAAAUUCACAACGAAGACAUGAUCGCAAUAUUAGAUGUUGAGCCACAGGCUCUGAAGAUUCUUCGUUCUGCUGAAUUUGCUCCAUUUGUAGUUUUCAUCCAAGCACCAAGUCUCAAUGUUGGGGGGAGCGAGGACGAAAGCCUUGUUCGACUUCAAAACGAAUCGGAAACGUUACGGGAAUCGUAUCAACAAUGUUUUGAUUUGACAAUUGUGAAUAAUGAUAUAGAUGAUACCAUUGAUAAAUUAAGGAGAGCCAUUGACGAAGUAUGCACAACUCCACAAUGGGUUCCUGUAUCCUGGGUUUAUUAAUUAGAACUGAUUGUUUGAGCUUAAGAAGUAAUUCAAUAUAUGUUGUUUGUGUCAGCUACCAGGGUCAGGACUGGAAUCAAAUUCAUUGCUUCUUGGAAAAAUUGGAAAUGGUUUAAGAAAAUUCGCCGCAGGAAAUUUGUCCGCAUAGGGACAUCGAUGUAUGAAAAAUUUCCCAUUUUUAAAAAGAUUCGUUAUUUGAGAGCACACCUUAACCCGAACUCUAUAAACUGUUUUAAAUCAAUUCAUUGCUUCAUGGGAAAAUUGGAAAUGGUUCAAGAAAAUUCGCCACAGUAAAUUUGGUCGCAUAGGAAAAAUCGAUGUAUGAAAAAUCGCCUUAUUAUUUAAAGCAUACCUAACCCUAUAAACCUAACAGUUUUAAUGACAAAUACUUAUUUUUAGAAAAAAUGCCCUUGCGAU